GGUGAGAAAAUUAUUCUCUCUCCCAAUAUGCUAAUUGAAUUCAAUGUCUAAACACCCUCAGCUCGCUCGUCUUGUCGAAAAAUUUCUAUCUUGAUGUUCACUGCUUCGCAAUUUCCGCCCAAUUGUUCCUCUUCUUUAGGGUUUUGAUUAUUAGCAUCUAUAGAUUUAAGAAGCUGAGUGUUUCCAUCAAAUUAUGGUUUUGGAAGUAAUUUAGGUAAAUAUUCAUUCAAAUUCUGCGUGUUUUUACCUGAUGGGUUACGGGUUUUCGCAAUCAUCGCUUUAUUUCGUUGAUGCUGUUUAGUUAUGAUCACGGAUUUUUCCUUGGGAAGUGGAAAUUUAAAAUCUUGAUAUGGAUUAUUCCCGCGAAAGUGCAAUGGUGUUGAUUCCGACGCGGUUUGUGUGGCGUUAUGGUGGGAGAAUUGUGUAUAUUAGUGGCUCUUUUACCGGGUGGACACAAUGGCCAAUGACCCCGGUUGAGGGGUGUCCUACAGUGUUUCAAACGAUUUGCAAUCUUCCACCCGGUUGUCACCAGUACAAAUUUGUGGUUGAUGGUGAAUGGAGACAUGAUGAGCACCAGCCUUCUGUCAAUAGUAACAUUGGAACAGUGAACACUAUCCUCUUAUCUACAGAAGCUGAUUACCUUACUCCAAUGCUGAGCCCACAAGCGCCUCCUUCUGGUCAUGGUUCAAGCAUGGAUGUUGAUAGUGAGGGCUUCCAACGCGUGGUUCGGCUGUCAGAUAGUACACCUCCCGAGCCCUUCCCUACAAUGUCAGAGGCUGACAUAGAUGUUUCUCGUCAUCGUAUAGCUGUAUUCUUGUCAGCUCACAAGGCAUAUGAGUUGCUCCCUGAAUCUGGGAAGGUUAUUGCUUUGGAUGUUGAACUCCCUGUAAAGCAAGCAUUUCAUAUAUUGCAUGAACAGGGGAUCUCUAUGGCACCCUUGUGGGACUUUUCAAAGGGGAAGUUUGUUGGAGUUCUUAGUGCAAUGGAUUUUAUCUUGAUUAUGAAAGAGCUUGGUAGGCAUGGGUCAAAUUUGACUGAGGAAGAGCUCGAAACGCAUACCAUAUCUGCUUGGAAAGAAGCAAAGAUUUAUCUGAAUAAUCAAAUUAAUGGCCAAGGAGCAAUAGUUCCAAGACAACUUGUACAAGCUGGGCCUGAUGACUCCUUAAACGAAGUUGCUCUGAAGAUUUUGCAAAGUGGUGUAGCAACAGUUCCCAUUAUUCAUUCUCCUUCAGCAGAUUCCCCGAACAAAAAUCUAUUACACCUUGCUUCACUUUCCGGGAUACUAAAAUGUAUAUGCCGGUUUUUCAGGCAUUCGCCUGGUUCAUUGCCAGUACUUCAAUUGCCAAUUUGUUCAAUUCCUUUGGGAACUUGGGUUCCUAAGAUUGGAGAGCCAAAUCGCAGGCCAUUAGCAAUGUUGAGACCCAGUGCCACUCUUGGUGCAGCAUUAAAUUUCUUAAUUCAAGCACAAGUUAGUUCAAUCCCAAUCGUUGAUGAUAAUGACUCUUUAUUGGAUGUAUAUUCUCGAAGUGACAUAACUAGUUUGGCCAGAGACAAAAUCUACACACACAUUAAUCUCGAAGAAACUACUAUUCAUCAGGCGUUGCAGUACAGAGAUGACCCAUUUUCAGUAUACGGCUCCAACAUUCAAAGAUGUUUUAUGUGUUUACGUACAGAUCCUCUCCAUAAAGUCUUGGAGAGGUUAUCCCAGCCAGGAGUGAGGCGUCUGGUUGUGGUUGAAGCUGGAAGCAAGCAUGUUGAAGGUAUUGUUUCGUUGGGCGACGCAUUCAGAUUUCUCAUGGGCCAUUAAGCACAUUCAACAGUGUAUACAAUCGAUGUUUCCGCUCUCAUUCUUGCCUGAUUUUAAAGUUGAUAGGCUGAAAAGAUGAGAAAUGUAAGUGAAUGUAGUUGCUCCAUGUCUCUAGCAUCUCAAUUUUUUUAGAAAUAGGCAAAAAGUUCUACUAUUGAAAUUGGAGAAAAUAAGAAAUGAAAUGGGAGGAGGGUGGAUGAAUUUUCUUUUCU